CAUCCGAGGGGGACGUCCCUGUAUUUCUCCCACGUGGAGGGAGGCAGAGCCGCAGUUUCCGGGGGAACCGGCGAGCGGGCUAUGGCGGCGCUUGUUUCUGAAGCGGAGCCGCUGAGUAAGCAGCCCCCUUCCGAUGCUUACCGAGGGGAGCAGGUCCAGCAGCCCGGGAACGGCGAGGAAGCGGCCGCCUCGGUAGAAGCUGGACCAGGGAAACCGCAGGCAGCUGCCCCGGGCACGAAGCGGAAGGAGGCGCCCGCCAUCCCCAGAGGAAAGCCUAAAUCGGGGCGGGUAUGGAAAGACACCGGCAAGAAGCGGUUUUCUCUCAUGACUCUGGAUAAGCCUUUGCGUACCUCCUGGGAACGCAAGAUGAAGGAACGUCAGGAAAAGAAACUAGUCAAAGAUUUUGCACGGCAGUUGGUGGAAGAAAAACGAAAGGAGCGUGAGGAGAAAAAACUGCGAAGGGAAGAAAACUUAAGAAGAAGACUGGAGAAUGAGCGGAAGGCAGAGGUUGUGCAAGUGAUUCGGAAUCCAGCAAAACUGAAGCGUGCAAAGAAGAAGCAACUGCGUCGCAUUGAGAAGCGGGACACACUGGCAUUGCUGCAGAAACGCCAAACGCAGCGCAAAGCAGCCAAGGAAUGAGUCCAAGAUGGGUCUCCCUCCCUACUCUCCGUAAAUAGAAAAUGACUUCUUGAGAUACGCUGGCCAGAUGCACUGCUGGUUUGCUCCCUGGCUUCUCUUGGCCCCGGAGAUCAGAUUCUUCCAGAGAAGGCUACAUUGCAUCCAAAUGCCCCUCAGCUGAAGCCUCCCUUUUGCUUUUGUGUGGAGAUGGCAAAGCAGAAUCCUCCAGAUUGAAGUGCUUAGACAUCUUUUUAAAAACUAAACGUUCUCCAGGAUAGCAACAGACCCCAGACUUUAUGAAAUGGGGCAAUGCCCUAAAGGGGUUUGUCUGAGGAUUCACAACUUCUAGACUGUAGGGUUAUAUAUAAAAGAUCAUAAAUAGCCUGGUUGCUGUUGUAAAGGUAUUCUUCUGGGUUAGGGGUAGAAUGGGACAUUUGACUGGUUCUGCAGUUAUUAAAAUAAUUGCUUUCUGGA